AUGAAGAAAACAACUAUAACUGCUGUUAGUGGUACUACUAAUCAAUGGUAUAUCACACUUACAUGGACACCAACAACUGAUCAGAUAGGACCUCAAGUCUUCUGUGCUGCUCCUAUUGAUCAAAAUGAGUUAACUGGAUCUCAGCAUUGUAUUAAUUUUGUUGUUGGUUAUCUUGCACCAAAUCUCAUCACACCAACACUUGUACAAGGUCGAUCAGCUUCACCAUUAGGUACAGUUUUUGCUAAUCAUUCUCUAUUCAGCAUUCAAGGUAAGUUAUCAUUUUCGGAGCUCUUUUAUGACCGAUUACAUUGUUCAUGUUUGUUAAAGCCACAGGUGAUGUCUAUCGUCCUAGUCGAAAUGGAACAUA